AUGAAUGUCGUGGGAUUCGCAAAUCUUUUGACUGAGUCAUUCCAGGAUUUUCAAGGCGAUGACUACGAGCUUGUUGGCCACAACUGCUGCAGCUUCGCACGGGCAAUGGUCAAGAAGUUAGGAGUUCGUUCUAUGCCCCGCUGGGUGGACCGAUUAGCAAGAGGAUUGAACUUAGGAGCCUUCAUUGGAGCCAAGGCCACCAAAAUGGCGGCACACCCUGUGAAGAAGGCUGCAGCUUUGGGCGGCCGUGUGCUGCGAAUGGGGCGAGGGGACUCUGAAUCAGAGGAUUCUGACGAAGAUGACGGCCUUUGCCCGACUGGUGUUGAGAUAGCUGAAAAAGCCAAAGACAUUCCAGGGCAGAUUCGAUGUGGGACAGGUGCGCAGCCAGUUGCGCAGCGAGCGCAGCCAGUGGCGCAGCCAGUGGCGCAGGUGAUGCCAAGACAUGCUCCGCAUGUACAGCCAGCGAUGCCGGCGCUACCUACGUCCAUGCCAGGCUUCGGGUGGCAAGCUCAAGCUGGACAGCAAGUUGCGAUGGCCCAGGUGCCAAAUGUAGCCCUGCCCAGGCCUGAUCAAGUUGCAGCUGCAGGGUAUCCGAUGCCGGCUCCGGUCUAUGUGGCUCCUCAAACGUAUCCAGCACAGGCUGACGACCAACGGAGACUCGGACAAGAUCGGAACUCGCUGCCUGUAGGAUGUCUUUUUCCAUAUCUGGAGAAGGCAUCGAAUUUGGACCCAGAAAUUAUGCACACUGUACCAAAAUUUGAAGCAUUCAAAAGCCAAAGGAGAGUGUUCAUUGAGAUGGUGCACCUGAAGGAACACAUUUGGCUCUGCCAGGUGAUCCGACACAUCAAUGAUGACAUGAUGAUACUGCAUCAUGACAGCAAUGCUUUCAAGAUCUUUCAAGCCUCGUUGACCUCGAGCUUCAAUAAGGUUGUGGCGAGAUCUGGUGAGCAGCUGCGCAGCAGCCUGCCUAUUUCCACCAAGAGGGAAGUCGACGAAGUCGAUUGGGAAGAGAAAGACGUGUUAGGGCAGCUUUCUUUUGACCAGCUGCUGAAGGAGAUCCGAAUGGCGCUGCCAAGUGAGGCAAAAGCAGCGCCUGCACUGGAACUCCUGGACGAAGAUGACAAACCGAUGUCUUCGGAUGAACUGACCACUUCGUUUGUCCUAGUUCAUGUAUACGAACUAGAAUCAACUUUCGUCAGGGCCAACAGAGUGCUAUCGAUAGCCGGCAGUGGCGCAUACUUCGCUGGUGUCGAGAUCUUCGGUUGGGAGUGGUCCUAUGGAGAGCAUGGCGUUAAGAAGACAAUCCCACGCGUGCAGACGCGACACAUCUACAAGUACAGCGUCUUCUUGGGGCAUUCAGAAAUGAAUGUCGCGGGAUUCGCAAAUCUUUUGACUGAGUCAUUCCAGGAUUUUCAAGGCGAUGACUACGAGCUUGUUGGCCACAACUGCUGCAGCUUCGCACGGGCAAUGGUCGAGAAGUUAGGCGUUCGUUCUAUGCCCCGCUGGGUGGACCGAUUAGCCCGUUGCGCAGCGAGCGCAGCCAGUGGCGCCAAGACAUGCGCAUGUGCCUGGAGCGAUGCGGGCGCUACCUACGUCCAUGUCCCGGGCCAGGCUUUGGGUGGCAUGCUCGAGCUGGACAGCAAGUUGCGAUGGCCCAGGCCUGAUCAAGUUGCAGCUGCAGGCCAGACAAAUGCACGGCGAUUCAAAUGGCAGCACAACUUCAAAACGACUUUAGAUGACUUGCGGCUCAUUGGAGCACAGCAUUUUCAGCGGCAAGAGCAACGCCUGCAAUCUGGCCUACAGCAAGAUCCGGGUAUUCCAACAUGGUUUGACUUUCAGAACCGUGCCAUGGGGCAACUAACAACAGCCUCAGGCACACCGUGUGAACCGCGGCUGUCGCAUCGUCACCGCUCACAGACCAAAGGAAGAGCUCCACUGUGGCUAAGCUCACCGCCAGGGGUGAAGGGAAAGCAUCGUUGA